ACCGGCGGUGCCCCGGGGUAAGCGCGGCUCCUCGCCCCGCCCCGCUCCCCGCUGCCCGCCGCCCUCCGCCGGCGGUCCCGGGCUCUGGGCCCGGCUGCGGCCUUUGGUCCGAGCGUGGGCCCGGGGCCGCUGGGAGGAGCCCGGCCCCGGCCCGGCCGCCGGCUCCGCGGUCCCGCCCUGCCCUCGCGCAGCCCCGCUGCGGGUCGACUCUCGGCCCGGCGAUGCCGUCCAACAAAUCCGUGUCGGACGCCCCCAUCGUGCAGUUCACCAACUGCCGCCUCCUGCGGGGCCGCCGCCUGCAGCGGGAGGAUCUGUGGGUGCGGGAGGGGAAGAUCCUCAACCCCGAGAAACUCUUCUUCGACGAGAAGGGUUCUGCCGACGUCCAGCUGGACUGCAAGGGCUGCAUCCUCGCCCCGGGCUUCAUCGACGUGCAGAUCAACGGAGGCUUUGGGGUGGAUUUCUCCCUGGCUACGGAUGAUUUCAGAUCAGGGAUUGACCUGGUCGGUCAGAAAAUACUCUCCCAUGGAGUGACCUCCUUCUGUCCCACCCUGGUGACAUCCCCUCCAUCCGUGUACCACCAGAUUCUUCCCCAGAUCAGUGUAAGAAAUGGUGGAGCUCACGGAGCUGGUAUCCUGGGGGCUCACCUGGAAGGACCAUUCAUCAGCAAGGAGAAAAAGGGAGCACACCCAGAGCACUGCAUCCGCACCUUCGAGGAAAAUGCCUUCCAGGACUUGCUUGCCACCUACGGGUCCCUGGACUGCAUCCGCAUUGUCACCUUGGCCCCAGAGAUAAAGAGGAGCAACGAGGUGAUCCAGGAACUCACCAAGCGAGGCAUCUGUGUCUCACUCGGUCACUCGGUGGCUAACCUCUCCCAGGCUGAGGAGGCUGUGCAGCACGGUGCUACCUUCAUCACUCACCUCUUCAAUGCCAUGCUGCCGUUCCACCAUCGUGACCCUGGGAUCGUGGGGCUGCUGACAAGUGAUAAGAUUCCUGCUGGGCGGAGGGUCUUCUACGGCAUGAUCUCUGAUGGCAUCCACACCAACCCUGCUGCCCUGCGGAUCGCCCAUCGAGCCCACCCCAAAGGCAUGGUGCUGGUGACGGACGCUAUUGCUGGCAUGGGGCUGGCACCAGGUCGGCAUACAUUGGGCCAGCAGGUGGUGGAGAUCGAUGGCCUCAACACCUACAUUGCAGGCACAAAGACCCUGAGUGGUAGUGUGGCAACCAUGGACACUUGUGUGCGACACUUUCUGGAAGCUACAGGGUGCUCAGUGGAGACUGCGCUGGAGGCAGCAUCUCUGCAUCCUGCCCAGCUCUUGGGGAUUGAAGACAGAAAGGGGACCCUGAAUUAUGAUUCUGAUGCAGAUUUCCUGAUGCUGGAUGAUAGCCUGCACGUGCAAGCCACGUACAUCGCAGGCGAGGAAGUCUGGAGACGGGAUGCCCUAGGGUUCUAAGACACUGGGCUGGCCUGUGCCUUCCAAGGCAUCCUGGCACUGUGAUUAGCAGCUUUGGUAACCACCCCACUUCUCUUUUCUUGUUUUGUUUUGUUUUUUUCCCUUCCUUCCUGCAACUCCCCUGAAGGAGCCUCAUACCAAAGAGCUGUGUUUUCCAGCGCAACCACUGCUUCCAGUUACAGCCAUGCCUGCAAUGACUCUGUUGGUGCUCAGUUGGUGGAGUGGGGAGAACAAGCAAAUCAGGAGGGAUUGUCAGUCUCUGGAGAGACCUGAAAGACUGCACAGCUGUCCUGUGUGGAGUCCGCAGGCAGGUGCUCACGUGUCCAUCUCACAGCGGUGUGAAGCUGUUUGCACUGUUUAUGCAGCACACAACCUGCCUGUGCCUAAGGCAGACUCAAGCCAUAUCCAUCCCUCUCUUUGCUGCCUUGCUCCUGGGCAGCUGUAGCUGGCAGGAUGUCAGCAGCCACCAGUUCAGCUCGCAGCUCUUCCCAUUACAAAGUUCCUGUUGUGUCGGUGGAAGCUGAGGACCACAUUCUGACCGACCGGCCCUCCCUCUUGUGUUCCCUGGAGCAAGGCUGGUGCAGCUCACUGACUUGGUGCCAUUGCGGGGCUGUGAAUCGGUGUGGGCUGAAUCCUCAGGGCAGAGAUCAAACCCAGGAAAACGA